GGAGCUAGUUCCUUGUUCGCAGCUUCGGUCGGAAAGACACCAACGGAAGCAAAAUGGCAUGGAAUGGGGCGCGUCACAGCAACCAUUCGGCUAUUCUGGGUAUUUUAUAGAAGUGUAGAAGUACAGAGGCGUUGGUUUAGCAUUAGUUUCGAGAAAUAAGCCAUUGACUUGAAAGGAAGGGAGCAGUUACAAAAGGAAUUGAAAUCUGAACAUUUCGGUUCACAAACGAGUUGAACGCCAGCCAAGCACGGUCUCGCGCAUAGUAAUUCUAAUCAUUAACACUUUGAUCGAUUGACGAUCGAAGUCCACACUGGUUUCCGAGGUUACAAGAUAUUCAAAACUAUGACCUCGUCGACAGCGAGCAACGAAAAUUUGAUCGUAUAUGGAGGACCGGAUCCGGUAGAUCUUCUGAACGAUGGCUCGCUGGGGGAGAUGAUGAUCAAAGAACUGAAGCUGCAGCCAAAAAAUAUUGGACUGAUUGACCCGGCAUCAGGAGUGGAACUUAGUUACGAACAAAUAUUGGAUAAUUCAGUGAAGGUGGCAAAAGCUUUGCAGCGUUUCGGCAUUGACAAAUUCGAUACAGUAGCCAUCAUCAGCCACAAUUGCUUGGAUUAUGCUUUUGCGAUGUUCGGAACGAUUUUCGUAGGUGCACCUCUAGCACAAUUCAAUCCAGGAUAUCUCGAGAAUGAAUUGAUGCACGCCCUGAACAUGACUAGACCGAAGGUAAUUUUUGUUUCACCGCAAGUGCUUCAGCGAGUGAUCACUGUCAAUCAUCAGCUGAAAUGUGCUGAGACGAUCGUUGUUUUUGGAAACGGCAGUCCAGGUGUCAUUUCUUUCAAUGAUCUGCUGAAUCAACCGAUACAAACCUUCAAAGCAGACCCAGUUGACAAACUGAAUCACGUGGCUCUAAUUCUACUGUCAUCUGGAACAACUGGAUUACCCAAAGGAGUUCAACUUACCCAAGCCAAUAUAAUGACAACGAUCGCGCACUCUAAAGAAGCUGCCAAACUGCUGGACCUCCCCGAUCAGUUGGUUGCUCUGGCAGUGACUCCGCUCUUUCAUGUGCUAGCUAGUGUUGGUCUGAUCAAUAUGGUGACCAACAAUUGUCGCUGCGUGCUGAUGCCGAAGUUUGACGCUCAUCUUUUUCUAAACAGCAUUCAACAGUACAAGGUCAAUCUUAUGUCGGUAGUGCCUCCGCUUAUGGUAUUUCUAGCGAAACAUCCGAUGGUGGACAACUACGACUUAUCGUCGCUGAUGACGCUGUUUUGUGGCGCAGCUCCCUUGAGUAAGGAGAUCGAGGAUCAGGUUCGGGAGAGGCUAGGGAUUGCAUUUGUCCGACAGGGCUACGGCAUGACAGAAACGACGUAUGUGAUGCUGAUGCAAACUGGCUUUGAGAAUAAGCCAGGUUGUGUUGGAAAAGUGCGAAUGGGUCAGUGGGCAAAGGUCAUCGAUCCCGACAGCGGAAAAGUACUCGGACCAAACCAAAGAGGAGAGCUGUGCUUCAAGGGUUCGUUGAUCAUGAAGGGAUAUAUUGGAAAGGAGAGUGACGUUGACGAAGAUGGUUGGUUGCACACGGGAGAUAUUGGAUACUACGAUGAGGAUGAGGAUUUUUUCAUUGUUGAUCGAAUCAAAGAAUUGAUUAAAUACAAAGGAUUCCAAGUGGCUCCUGCAGAGCUCGAAGCGAUCUUGUUGAAACAUCCCAAGGUAAAGGAUGCUGCUGUCAUAGGAAUAUCAGACGAGCGGGUUGGAGAGUUAGCAACAGCGUUCAUAGUGAAAGAGCGCGAAGAGCAGGUUAAUGAAGAGGAAAUCAAAUCAUUUGUAGCAGAACACGUCUCACAGCAGAAGCAACUUCAUGGAGGAGUAAGAUUUAUUGACGAAGUGCCGAGAACGGCCACCGGCAAAAUUUUGCGUAGAAAACUGAGGGAACUUGUACCCAAUACCAAAGCAAAGCUUUAAAUAGUUGACUGUUUUGUUAUUGUUGUUAAGUGUAUGUUAAUGUUGUAUUCAAUGGAAGAAGGUAAAUAUAUGGUGAAGUUGAUUUUCUAUAUCUUGAGCUUUGAAUUAUCUACAAAAAAUGAAAUACAAGCAAUACAAUCGUUACCUGUGAGCAUUUCUGAUACACCGUAACCUCAAUUUACGAACUAGAAAAAGGACCUGAAGUAAUAUGCACCAGUUAAGGAAGAUGUGCCAAAAUGAAGGCCAAACGACAUGUAAGUAGUGUUUUGAUACACGAACUUAGAUGGUUCAUGUCCGCCCUACGUGAAGGUUAGCGAGUUUUUAUUCCAAUUAAACUAGAUUGUUGGAAAAUUUAACUUCUUUCAAACACUCAUUUUGCGUGAAUAAUUAUUUAAGCGGGCCACGGUGCACUGCUUUUUGGGGAAAAACACACCACAACAUUGAGGCAAGACGCACCUAAACAGAAGGGCACUGCAACAAUGCAACAAUGAGAUGAGAUGCCCCACCGUGUUUUAAACGUAAUUUAAUUUAUCAAAAAAACGAGUGUGUUGGAUGAUUUUCACUUACAAGAUGAUACAAUUGUGCAUUAAUACGUUGGGAAAGACUUCAAAUUAUCUAACUUUUAAGAUCGUAGGUAAUUUUGGAAAGGUUCGUUCCGCUCCGACCAAUGCACAAUG